GUUUUCCACUCGUCUACCAGCGGACCCCGAUAAACAGUGAAGCUGUAAUUUGAGUCUCUUACCACGACACUUCCAUUUCUGCAGAUUUUCUACUUUCGCCUCUUUAUAAGCCCGGUUACUGCCCUCCCAUUCCCUGUAUUCACAUUUGUGUGCAUCGCAUUCCACUUCAAAUUUCUUACAUUCUGCUAAAGAUUCUCAUCGCUUGAACUUCUUGUAAUUCUCAAGCGCCCCAUGGCAGCGAAGAAAAUAGUGCUAAAAUUGGCCAUUGAGGACGAAAGCAGCAAGAAAAAGGCGCUCAAGCGGGUUGCUGGUAUACAAGGGGUGGAUUCCGUGGCGGUGGACAUGAAGGAAAACAAGAUAACUGUGAUAGGGGAUGUGGAUCCCGUCUGUUUGGCAUCUAAACUCAGGAAAUUUUGCUUCACAGAUUUGCUCAGCGUUGGGCCUGCGAAAGAGGAGAAAAAGGAGGGUGAGAAAAAAGAGGAAAAGAAACCUCAAGGCGAAGCAAAGAAGGAGAAUAAGGCCGAAGCUCCAAAAGUUGAAGUUGUGUAUUUGCCCAUCAGCUAUGAUUACAGACCGUAUGAAUACACUGUUGUGAGAGAUGAAUAUCAUAAUACUUGCGUUAUCUGUUGAGUGUGCUUCUAAAGAGCCACCGUUUGUAAAUUAAGGAGAUUUUAUUUGAAUCCUGGCUCUAGCUCCAGAGCAGGGCAGGACAGGGCAUGGAAUAGGGUUUGGGGCAACCUGGAUUUGUACUGAAAUGCGAAUGAGAUUUUUUAUUUUCCUUUUUA